AUGAGGGCGGCCCCGGCUCGGGGCUCGGGGCUGGUGGGAGUGAUGUUGAUGGUGACGGGGCUCAAGGCUGCGGGCCAGGCACAGCGCCGCCUCUGCACAGCGGCCAAGUGGUACAAUACACAGUUGCAGGGAGACCGAGCCGGGCAGCCAAAGCCCCAGCGUUUGAAAGCGGUCAGUAUCCUGCAAGAGCCUGGUGUCCCUGUGGUGGGGAACAUGAGCAGGCAAGCUGUGGUGGAUUUAUUAGCGGCAAGCGUGGUAUAUCAGGAAGGUUCUCUGGUUGGUUUCAAUAAACCUCCAAAUCUGGCCAUCACAGGUAAAGAUGACCUGUGUCUGACCUCUCUGCUGUCUGCUGUUCAGCGACGCUUAUCUCUCGCGCAGGAGCUGCACAUAGUGAAAGCAAGCAGCAAAGAACAUUCGGGCCUGGUUCUGCUCUCCACAUGUCACCAAACCACCCAAAGCAUUGAGAAUGCCUACGCCAGGCGUGAUGGGAAGAAAACAGCAUUAACGAGCUACUGUGCAGUGACGGUGGGCAUUCCCGAACCUGCGAUGGGGGAGAUCAGUGUUGCACUGACACAACAGAGCCUCGGGGAGCAGACUAUGGUAGUGCCGGUGCUCAAUCCCUCUGCAGGAAACUUUGAGAGGAAGAAGGUGAAGAAGGCAGUGACUCGGUACCGGGUAUUGGACGCUGCCAAUGGCUGUGCGUUGGUACAGCUUCAGCCACUCACAACCUUUCAGAACCUGCUGCAGGUUCACCUUACCCUCAAGCUGUGCACCGUUCUCGGAGAUCAUGUUUAUUCCUCUCGAGUGGGACGGGUUCUGGGGCUUCCUGUCCUCUUCUCAGUUGACCUGGCUGUUCCCCGGACUCAGGUCCUGGAUGAGGCCUUGUUACAGAAGCUGCAUUUGCGCCGGGAGCAGAUGCACCGAAUGCCGCUUCACCUGCACUUACACAGAUUCUCAAUCCCAGCGUGUGGCAGAAAGAGCUCAGAGACUGUAAUCACAGCUCCUCUGCCUGCUUUCUUCAUUAGGACUCUCCAAUUGCUGGGUUUAAGAAUGAAACAAUCUGCUUAACAGGUUAUCGAGGAAAGAAGCUGAUCGGCCUGAGGCAUUGGGCUGACAGUCUGGGAGUUCUCUCUGAGAGACUGCACAUGUUCCACAACAGACUUCACAACAGAAUGGAGAUGGGCUUAGUGGCAUUGACCCAAUAUUGUAUACCAGUCUUUGCCAGCACUCAGUGUUUAUUGCAGAUCACUUUUACUUUGGUCAUACACCUCCUUCCUGGAGAGCUGAGGCUGCUAAACCAUCCCAUACCACAGAACCAAGACUAUUUCACUGCACGAAGAAAAAGAAUUAUUAAAUUGACUAAAAGUCACUGUGAUUUUCAAAC